GGAAAGAUCCCCAGUAGCGCUUCUUAGCUCACGGUGGGGGAAUGAGCCGGUGGCUGAAGGUGCCCCAAGAUAGCGCCCCCUGGAGCCUCGGCUGGGUUAUGGACCGGGCCAGUGGGGCCAGUGCCCUGGGGCCUCAGGACAUUAGAAGCUGUGAGUGGCAACAUUUAUAGUGCAAGCCAUGAAAUGCCCCCCCUGUGGGGUGUAAGAGAAAGAGCCCUGAGAGUGUCCUGAUGAAGAGAGCAGACUCCCCUGUACCCAGCUGUGUUUCCAUGAAGAGUGACGCGUCAAUGGACCCCCCACCCCACUUCAGAGAGGGACCUUUUCAUGCAGAUCAAAGAGAUCAAAUGGAAGAUUGCAGUUCAGAUCUACAUGAUAAAUCGGGUUUAUCAUCCAUAUUGAAGUCGCUAGAGGAAAAAGCCAUGAAGUUCCUAAAGGAGGAACUGGAGACGUUUGUGAGGCACCUAGAUCAGAAUUACCCAGAAUGCUCUGAGCCUCAGCUGGAGGAGGACAAUGACCUGGACUGUGAUGGUCAGAUGCAGAAGACCAGUGUUAGAGAGGUAGCUCUGAAGAUCACACUGUACAUUCUGAGGACCAUGAAGCAAGAUGAUCUUGCUGACCUGCUGGACAAGAGAAAGCUCAUGCUACAGGGAUUCAAACGUAAACUUAAGAAGCAAUUUGAGUGUGUAUUUGAAGGGAAAGCUAAGGAAGGACAGCCAACACUUCUCAGUGAGAUUUACACAGAACUCUACAUAACUGAAGGUGGGACUGGAGCAGUCAAUGAUGAACAUGAAGUGAGACAGAUUGAAACAGCAUCCAAGAAAAGGCGAACAGAAGAUACUACAGUCAAGUGCAAUGAUAUAUUUAAACCCUUAUGUGGACGUGAGACACCUAUCAGAACUGUACUCACUAAAGGGGUGGCAGGUAUCGGGAAAACAGUCUCUGUGCAGAAAUUUAUUCUCGACUGGGCAGAAGGAAAAGCAAACCAGGAUGUUCACUUCAUAUUUGCUCUUCCUUUCCGGGACCUGAAUUUGAUUAAGGGUGAAUACAGUCUGAUUGAACUGCUUCACCACUUUAUCCCAGAACUGAAAUCAUUUCAAUCCACUGAGCUGUUUAGGUACAAAGUCUUGUUCAUCUUUGAUGGUCUCGAUGAGUGUCGCCUUCCUCUGGAUUUUCAGAACAAUGAGAGCUGGUUUGAUCUAACAAAGAAAACGUCACUGAAUGUGCUGUUGACUAACCUCAUUAAGGGGAAUCUGCUCCCAUCCGCUCUCCUCUGGAUAACCUCCCGGCCAGCAGCAGCCAAUCAGAUACCUCCUGAGUGUGUCCACCAGGUGACAGAGAUACGAGGGUUCAGUGAUGCCCAGAAGGAGGAGUAUUUCAAGAAGAGAUUUAAUGAUCAGAGCCUGGCCAGCAGGAUUAUCACACAUGUGAAAUCAUCAAGGAGCCUCUUCAUCAUGUGCCACAUACCUGUGUUCUGCUGGAUUUCAGCCACUGUGCUUAAGAGGCUUUUUAGUGAGACUGACACGGGAGAAAUUCCAAAGACUCUGACUGAAAUGUACACACACUUCCUGAUCUUUCAGACAAGUUUAAAAAAGGUGAGAUUGAUGAAAAACCAUGAAACUAAGCUUAAAGAAUACAGCAAGGAAUUCCUUUUAAAACUUGGUAAACUUGCUUUUGACAAUCUUGAGAAAGGCAACCUCAUAUUUUAUGAGCAAGAUCUGACUGGCAUUGAUGUCACUGAAGCUUCAGUUUACUCUGGAGUGUGCACAGAAGUCUUUAAAGAGGAGUAUGGGUUGUACCAGGAGAAGGUGUACUGCUUUGUGCAUCUGAGCAUCCAGGAGUAUCUCGCUGCUUUAUAUGUGUUUCUGUCAAACUCAUCAGCUGACCUGCUGAAGACUGCAGUGGAUCAGGCAUUAGAGAGCAAGAAUGGACACUUGGACCUCUACCUCCGCUUCCUCCUGGGCCUCUCAACAGACUCCAGUAAGACUCUGUUACAAAAGCUACUGGGGCCAACAGAAACCAGCUCACAUAACAUUAAGGAAACAGCCCAAUACAUCAAGGGGAAAAUAAAGGAGAAUUUAUCUCCAGAAAGGACCAUCAACCUGUUCCAUUGUCUGACUGAACUGGGUGACAAUUCUCUAGUAGAGGAAGUACAAAGAUACCUGAAUUCAGGAAACAUUUCAGCAGAUGACCUCUCACCUGCACAGUACUCAGCUCUGGCCUUUGUGAUGCUGAUGUCAGAUGAGGAGCUGGAUGUGUUUGACCUGAAGAAAUACAUCAGAUCGGAUAAACAGCACUGCAGGCUGCUGCCUGUGGUCAAGAACUCCAGGACGGCUCUGCUGAACAGCUGUGAUCUCAUAGAUAAACACUGUGAAGUGCUGACUUCAGCUCUCAGAUCAAACUCCUCACCCCUGAGAGAGCUGGAUCUGAGCUACAAUCACCCAGGAGAUUCAGGAGUGAAGCUGCUCUCUGCUGCACUGGGGGAUUUACACUGUAAACUGGAGAUACUGAGGCUGUCAGGCUGUAGAGUCACAGAAGAAGGCUGUUCUUCCCUGGCUUCAGCUCUGAAGUUAAACCCCUCACACCUGAGAGAGCUGGACCUGAGCUACAAUCACCCAGGAGAUUCAGGAGUGAAGCUACUCUCUGCUGUACUGGAGGAUCUCAGCUGUAAACUGGAGAAGCUGCAGGUGGGCUGGUGUGAACUCACAGAGAAAUGCUGUGAGGCACUGGCUUCAGCUCUCAGAUCAAACUCCUCACCCCUGAGAGACCUGGACCUGAGUGACAAUGACCUGCAGGACUCAGGAGUGAAGCUGCUCUCUGCUGGACUGGGGGACUUAGACUGCAACCUGGAGAUACUGAGACUGUCAGGCUGUAGAGUCACAGAAGAAGGCUGUUCUUCCCUGGCUUCAGCUCUGAGGUCAAACCCCUCACACCUGAGAGAGCUGGAUCUGAGCUACAAUCACCCAGGAGACUCAGGAGUGAAGCUGCUCUCUGCUGUACUGGAGGAUCCCAGCUGUAAACUGGAGAAGCUGCAUGUGGAUCACGGUGGAGAGUGCAGGACCAGACCAGGCUUACAGAAAUACUCCUGCCAGCUGACGCUGGACCCCAACACUGCAAACAGAGAAGUGUCUCUGUCAGGGGGGGACAGGAAGGUGACAUGGGGGGGGCAAACUCCCCCGUGUCGCUGUGCAUGCUGGGAUAGCUCACUGUGUGCUGGAGGAAUCAUUUUUACCGUAUCAGAGUCUCACAUGUCGCUGCUUCUCCGUGGCAAAAAGGUAAAAUCUCUGCUUUAUAACCAGUAUAACCCUUUUUACUCUGUCUGAAGUGUGAUGUAUGUUAAUAAAACAAGUAAUUGGGUUCUGUAAGCUGAACAAACAU